ACAAGAUUUUUAAUUAAUCAAUGUUCUUGUAAGAAACUCAACAAACAAGACAAACUCCAUCAAAUGUCUUCUUCUUCAGCCGCCAUCGUCUUCUCCGGUCCUCCUCUCCGAUCAUCACGAAUCAACAGCCACCGUGUUUCCCGUUAUGCAUCCAGACCAACCUCCGUCGUCUCUCUCCGUCGACCCCGCCGAGGUCUCGCCGUGAAAGCGGCUCUGAUCGAGCCGGACGGAGGAAAGCUCAUGGACCUCGUGGUGGAGGAGUCGAAGCGGCGCGUGAUGAAACGCGAGGCGGAGACGGUUCCCGUAAGGAUCACGCUGAGUCGUGUUGAUCUCGAGUGGGUGCACGUGCUUAGCGAAGGCUGGGCAAGCCCGCUCCGAGGCUUCAUGAGACAGUCUGAGUUCCUCCAAACACUUCAUUUCAACUCGAUCAGGCUCGAAGACGGCUCCGUCGUCAACAUGUCUGUUCCGAUCGUUCUCGCGAUCGACGACGAGCAGAAGAGUCGCAUCGGUGAUUCCGACCGAGUCACGCUCGUUGACUCCUCUGGUAACCCCAUCGCCAUCCUCAGCGACAUCGAGAUUUAUAAGCACCCUAAAGAAGAACGUAUAGCGAGAACAUGGGGGACAACAGCACCAGGUCUUCCUUAUGCAGAAGAAGCGAUCACCAAAUCAGGAAACUGGUUGAUCGGAGGUGAUUUACAAGUCCUGGAGCCGAUCAAGUACAACGAUGGUCUUGACCGGUUCCGUUUGUCUCCCUCUCAGCUACGUGAGGAGUUUAUAAAGCGUGACGCGGACGCGGUUUUCGCGUUUCAGCUUAGGAACCCGGUACACAAUGGUCACGCCCUUCUCAUGACUGAUACUCGAAGAAGACUUCUUGAGAUGGGUUACAAAAACCCUGUCCUGUUGCUGAAUCCACUUGGUGGAUUCACCAAGGCCGAUGAUGUUCCUCUCAGCUGGCGUAUGAGGCAACACGAGAAGGUGCUUGAGGAUGGUGUUCUUGAUCCAGAGACUACAGUGGUCUCCAUUUUCCCAUCUCCAAUGCACUACGCUGGUCCCACCGAAGUUCAGUGGCACGCCAAAGCUAGGAUCAAUGCGGGAGCCAAUUUCUACAUUGUCGGCCGCGAUCCAGCCGGUAUGGGCCAUCCAACAGAGAAGAGGGAUCUAUAUGAUGCGGAUCACGGGAAGCAAGUACUUAGCAUGGCUCCAGGACUCGAACGGCUCAACAUUCUACCCUUUAAGGUUGCUGCGUAUGAUACAACUCAGGGGAAAAUGGCUUUCUAUGAUCCUUCCAGGUCUCAAGACUUCCUCUUCAUAUCAGGAACCAAGAUGCGUGGCUUGGCGAAGAAGAAAGAGAACCCACCAGACGGUUUCAUGUGUCCCUCUGGUUGGAAAGUGUUGGUUGAUUAUUACGACAGUCUCAACGCAGAGUCUGGUAAUGGAAGGGUUUCAGAAGCUGCCAUUUCUGCUUGAAUGCAGAGAUUCCGUGUCCCACAAGUUCACAUUUCAUGUUCAAUAGUACCACAGAAGCUUCUGUUUGUGUAUCAAAAAGCUUCCCAAAUAAAACCAGUGUAUGAUUGUAUAAAGCAACUGUGUGUUCUCUGCGUCUCUGUUGUCGCAUCGAUUUGUACCAUAUUUGCGUAUUGUUGUUUGAAAAAAAGAAGAAAACACUUAUGGUUGCGUUUGAUCUGUUAACUUCUCAAAACAGUACUGUAAACUAAAGAAAAACACUAUUAUUUAUGUUUCCUAUAUAAUAGUGGGGCCCAUAGGCGGUGGUGGGUCUAUUCCCGGCGGGGGAAUUUCCGGUGGACGUGGCGGUUCCCAGUUUGGAGGCACCACAUCAGGAGGUCUUUCCGGAGCUGGAGGAUUUGGUGUAUCUGGCAUCGGUGGAGAUGGAAGCGGUGGGACCGGAAACUCAGGGCCUGGAUUUUGCGGCGGUCCAACCGGUGGUGGGUCGCUAGGUAUCGUUGUGACUUCUGGAGGAGUUUCCGACGGGUUUAUCUCCGGUAUGUUAGGAAGUUCUGGGACUUCUAACGGGGCCCACUCUGGUCCUCUGCUCGGUCGUGAAGGUAACUCUUCCUCCGAGGGGGAUCCACCUGGAAAUUGAAUUUCAGGUGAACCGGUUUGGCCAACGAAAUCGAACCGGGGAAGAGAGUAGGUCAAGGACAUUAACCUUCUGACCGGUUUAACUGAUUUCGAUGCUGCUAUUAACCGUGUG